AUGGAUAAAUCCCUCCUUGCCUUUGUUUGGAUUGCAGGCCCCUUAACAGGAGCCCUUGUCCAGCCAUACGUUGGCAUUCGUAGUGAUAACUGCAGAAUAUCAUGGGGAAAACGAAAGCCAUUUAUGAUCGGGGGUGGGAUUGCCACGAUCGUAUCCCUGCUCGCGCUUGCAUGGACUCGUGAGAUUGUGGGCGGCAUGUUGGGCAUAUUUGGCGUUCCUUUCGGCUCUGAGGGUGUCAAAGUAACGUCUAUCGUCAUGGCGACUAUUUUGAUGUAUUGCCUUGAUUUUGCUAUUAAUACAGUCCAAGCGGCAAUUCGAGCUUUCAUCGUCGACAAUGCCCCAGCGCACCAGCAAGAGGCUGCAAAUGCAUGGGCAAGUCGGCUAACUGGUAUUGGCAAUAUCCUGGGAUAUAUCUCGGGCUAUCUCGAUCUACCCAAAAUACUUCCCCUUUUCGGGAAGACGCAAUUCCAAGUACUUUGUAUGAUUGCGUCCCUAUCGCUGGGCAUUACGCUUUUAAUUAGCUGCCUAUUCAUCACCGAGCGGGAUCCACGACUGGAAGGCCCCCCGUCAUCAGAUAAUCCUGGAGUUAUCGCUUUUUUCAAGCAAGUUUUCCAUUCCAUCCGCACCUUGCCGCCCCAAAUCCGCAAAGUAUGCGAGGUCCAGCUUUUCGCAUGGGUCGGGUGGUUCCCAUUCUUGUUUUACAGCACCACUUACAUCGGGCAGCUGUACGUUAAUCCGAUAUUUGAGGAACGCCCACACCUACCGCCUGAGGAUAUUGACGAGGCGUGGGUAGCGGCUACUCGGGUGGGCACCUUUGCACUGUUGAUCUACGCGAUUAUAUCAUUCGCAGCGAGCAUCAUUCUUCCUCUUCUAGUCGUGCCGACAUAUCGACCGGCGAUUUUAACCCCGAAGUCUGUUGCCUCACCCACCCGGCAGCACCCAUACCUAUCUCGCAGAAAGUCAGCAUCAACCAUAUCCAUCACCGUUUCAUCUGCUGCGUUAUCGCUACCACCACCACAACUAAGUAAACCACUUGAGCUAACUGAGAGGGAAUCACCAUCUCUACUCUCCUGCCUGCAGAUACCGGGUUUCACCCUCCGACGCGCUUGGCUCAUGUCCCACAUCCUAUUUACCAUUUGUAUGUUCAGCACCUUUUUCAUUAAAACUCCACAGGCUGGAACGGUGGUCGUGUCUGUCGUUGGUAUCUCAUGGGCAAUGACUCUUUGGGCGCCAUUUGCCCUUAUAUCGGCGGAGGUGGCAAAAAGUGAUGCAAAAAAACGCCGGAGGAGAUAUCGGUUGCUACACAUGAGACGCGAUUCUAGCGAUGGUCUGUUGCCCCGAUCGCGGCGGCGGGAACAACAACAACAAGCUGUUGUCGCUAGCCAGGAGGAUCGUAGCGAUGCUCAUAUGGCAGUAGAAGGUGAUUAUGAAACUCCCGGUCUUUCGUAUCAUUCCACUGCGUCAACAUCCCUGCCAACCCCUGUCGCCACCGCCCAUGGCCAAGAUGACAAAAACGAACAAAACAACGAGGAGAGCUCCCAUCGCAACGACGAAGAUGGCGAUAAUCUUACCGUCGAUGAGAGAGAAGAGGACAAUGAAGAUGACAAUGAAUCAGCAGACGACGGCGAGGUCGACACUACCGACGAAGCCGGCGUGAUUCUUGGCAUCCACAAUGUGGCGAUAUCCUUUCCGCAAAUCCUUUCGACUCUGGUUAGCAGUGCUAUCUUCAACGCCCUGCAGAAGCCGCGCGGAGAGCCUUGGGAUGAUUCUGUGGGGUGGGUUAUGAGGUUUGGUGGGCUUGUGACAAUUGGUGCGGCGGUCGUCACGAAGAGGCUGGCGGAGGGGGGUAGCGCGGGUUCGAAAGUCGGGUUGUGGAAGAAUAGGGAUGCUGUAUGA